AUGGACAAAAGUUGGAUGGAGAAGAGGAGGGGUACAAGGGAAUGUUUUGAAGGUGUAAACCAAUUUGUGGAAUUUGCCGCUCCAUCCGCGCGCAAUGGGAAGAUCUUAUGUCCUUGUGUGAAAUGUGUGAAUUUGCUUAUACAACCGCUAAAUGUGGUGCGUGAGCAUUGUUGGGGUUCGGGGAUGCUUAAAAAUUACAAAUUUUGGAAAUUUCAUGGUGAAUCGGCUGCUGCUACGCCGGCUACCGAAUGUGGGAGCUCUCAUGUGCAAGAAACCCAAAAUCUAUAUGGUGAUUUUCAUGGGAUGUUGCACGAUUUGUGCCCCCCGCAUGAAAUGCCACCCGAACCAAUGGAGGAAGGUCCAACUGCGCAACAUCCGGUUGAAGGUCUGAAUGAUGACGCCAAGAAGUUUUACAAGACGAUAGAUGAUGUAGACAAACCUUUAUAUGAAGGCUGUACAAAAUUUAGCAUUUUCUCAGCCAUUGUCGUGUUGUUCCAAUUGAAGACUUUGUGUGGUUGGACAAAUAAGUCAUUUACUCUGUUGCUUCAAGUCCUGAUGGAUAUGCUUCCUUCAGUUGCGAAGUUGCCGAAGGACCAUUAUGAGGCUAAGAAGAUAGUUCGAGAUUUGGGUUUGGGUUAUGAGAAGAUCCAUGCUUGUCCCAAUGAUUGUAUGCUGUUUUGGAAGCAAAAUGUUAACCUCGAGGCGUGUCCUUGUUGUAAAGCUUCAAGGUGGAAAACAAAUGAGGCAUCUGUUGCUAGUAAGCAUGCUUCAUCCAAUAAGGGGAAGAAGAAAGCUGCGAAGAUCCUAUGGUGGUUCCCCUUAAAGCCAAGAUUGCAGCGACUAUUUCUUUCACCCGAUCUGGCUAGUUCUAUGAAAUGGCAUGUUAAUGGUCGUACUGAUGAUGGGGUAAUGCGGCAUCCUGCUGACUCAAAUGCAUGGAAAGUGUUUGACAGUAAGCAUUUACACUUCUCAUCUAACCCUUGUAAUGUCAGACUUGAAUUAGCUGCGGAUGGGUUCAACCCCUUCGGAAUUAUGAGUACUAGUCACAGUACGUGGCCUGUCAUGUUAGUCCCGUACAAUCUCCCACCUUGGCUGUGCAUGAAACGGUCAUAUUUGAUUCUAUCAUUAGUUAUUCCUGGUCCUACCUCGCCAGGGAUUGCUAUAGAUGUGUACUUGGAACCGUUAGUAGAAGAACUAAGGGAGUUAUGGGAUGUUGGAGUACAAGCAUACGAUGCAUCUUCAAAAGAAGUAUUCCAAUUGCGUGCAGCCUUGAUGUGGACCAUAAAUGAUUUUCCUGCAUAUGCAGAUUUGUCGGGUUGGAGUACCAAAGGUGAGUUGGCGUGUCCUUCUUGUGCCGUGAAGACCGAGUCUCGAUAUUUGAGAAAUGGUCGCAAAUUCUGUUACAUGGGACAUCGGCGAUGGUUGGAUGUUGACCAUGAUUUCUGCAAAGAUGGUAUGUCAUUUGAUGGAUCUAAUGAUACUCGAUUGGCUCCUGAACCACCAGUCACAUCUGACAUUAUUGUCGAAACUGAACAUUUACUUGGACGUUGUCUGGGUAGGAAAUGUCAACUUGCUUACAAAAAAAGGAAGAGAAGGGAGGCAGACCAGAGUGGUUGGAAGAAAAGGAGUAUAUUUUUUACGUUGCCUUAUUGGGAGGAUCACAAGUUGCGACACAAUCUUGAUGUGAUGCACAUAGAGAAGAAUGUGAUGGACAAUAUACUAAGCACACUGUUGAACUUGAAGGAUAAAAUGAAGGAUAAUUACAAGGCACACCUUGACUUGGCGGACAUGGGGAUAAGGAGUGAACUCCACCUACAACGAAAAAGUGAUGAUUAG